UCGUAAGGGUAGGCUUAGGCUAUUUGCUAUUACUAUUUGUGUCGUCGUGACUGUAUUUUUAUUAUGUCAACACACAAUCGUUUCAUUAUUUUUAUUUGAUAAGGGACAGAUAACCUUCAAACUUCACUCAGUAUGCUUAGCCUAAAAUGAUUUGACUUCCUACUUCCUAGCUUUUUAAAAGCUAAUUUGUCUUAAGUUUUACAUGACUUGUUUUGUUGGUUACACAAAAAUUCAUUAUCCAAGGAAUUGUAGGCCUAGAGUUGACCAUUGCAAUUUAUGGUAGGCCUACUUUCUCUGUUAAAAGGUUAAUAUUUAAUAGUAAUCUGACUUUGUUAAUCCUACUAGGGAUUCUCAUGUUACUUUAAAAUUAAUAUUCAUAUUAAUCAAGAGAUCCUUAAGCAUGUCGCAGAAAGCUCAAGUCAUUCAGCUCUAUAAAACUUUACUCUACCUGGGAAAAGACUACCCGCUGGGCUAUGAUUUUUUCCGCACACGAUUGAAGCGAGCUUUUAUGAAAAAUCGGGAUGAAAAAGAUCCAGAAAAGAUUAUGAAGAUGAUACAUCAUGGUGAAUAUGUAGUCAGAGAGCUUGAAACUCUCUAUAUGCUCAAAAAGUAUCGUACUUUAAAGAGACGUUACUAUAAUGAAACCCUUACAAGCAAUAAACCACCAGAGCCUGAGAAAAACACAUGAAAAAAGCCCAAAAAACUAGUGUAUUUUUGAAUUAUUAUAAGCGGUGGUUACUUUGUACAAAUACCUAUAUUUAUUCAAAUAAAUUUUAACAUAAAAUGUU